AAUUUAUGCGCUGCUAGAAUACUGAACUCACACGAAUUAGAUUUUCUUCGUACUUACUUUACAUACCCUAUUUAAACCGUUGCACGGAAAUUUUAAUCCAAUUCGGAACAUCUUUCGGGUGGCCGGUCAGGCAGCCAAAGGAAAAAGGGAACGACGGCACAAAACAGCUGGUCACUGACUGAACUGUACGAAAAGAAGAAUGUUGCGUAUUGCUAGUACCGCGAUUCGAGGAAUUGUUGGUCGCAGCAAUGUUGCUAAUUUAACAAAUUCUGUGGUUUUGAAACGGUACCCGUUUAUUCAAAAUGUGCAAGAAAGAUAUUUCGGAGCUCUUUCUUCCAUUACCAGCACAUGGAACAAUGUUGGCAACAUUAAGUCACAAACAUUGUUAUGUGAAAGCUCUGUAAACAAUGUUAUUCCUUCAACAAUCUUACCUACACUAACACCUGCAAGGACAGUUAUAAAAUUCUCUAGGAAGAAAGGGAAAAGGAAAACCGUGACGGCUGUAAUUAAACGAUUCUAUAGAUUGAAUUGGGGUAUAUGGAUCAGAACACGUGCUUCACGUCACUCAAAACUUUGGUGCAAGCCACAGAACAGAAAACGCAGACUGAGACAACACGUUUUUGUUAACGCAACACAAUCUACUUUAUUGGAUAAGAUGGUAACAAAGUAUUGGAGAAGACCACAUUAUUAUGUAGAUGACCCCUAUACUCCAUAUCAUACGCGUGAAGAAUUCCCUUACACAAGGAUGAAACCAGUACCUUAAUUAACUUCACUGUAUGAAUAUUGUGUGUACAUUUUUCAUUCAUUAUAACACACUGAACAAAAUUAGCAAAUAA